AUGGAGAAUCUCCUCGGCCCAGACCUGGCCUCCAAAAUCGGUCCCUGGAUCCUCCCUAAGCCGCUCGAGGCACCGCCGUCGCCCGAGUCCGUCUGCAACAGCGACCGGGCCUCCCCGACGGAGGAGACCAAACGGCGCAGGGCGGGUGGACCGAAGGCGCGUACCGGCUGUGCCACCUGCAAGACUCGCCAUGUAAAAUGCGACGAGCGCAAGCCCACAUGUUUCCGUUGUGAGAAGGUCGGAGUAGUCUGCGAAGGCUACGUGGACCGCAUCGACCGCCGGAGGAAACGGACAAACCAGAAUGUGGUCCGCCGGAAUACGCCGCAGCUCAUCGCCCCUCGGUCCGCUUCAGCCGAGGCCGCCGACGUUUGCAGCGGCAACAGCAGCAGCAAAUCCGAGAUGAUCUUGUCGCCUCAGAUUCCUAGAUCGCUCUCGAGCCUACCCAAGAUCUAUCACAAGGACGGCGUUUACUACGAUUACUUUCGACAUCAGGUUUCCACCAACCUGGCAGGUUACUACACUAGUCCCAACUGGUCAUAUCUAGUCGUCGGUGAAGGUCUGCAAGAUGACUGUAUUCACCACUCGAUCCUAGCUGUCGGUGCGCUUAUUCGCUCCACCCCUCAGGAUGCGAGACCAAGCACGCCUAGAAGAAAAGCGUUACCACCUACCUCGGAUGGCUACGCUGUAACCGAACAUCGUGAGGUCGCGUUGCGACAUCAUCUCAAGGCAGUCAAGUCUCUAAGAGAACGAAUGGAGUUAAUAACGGCAUCAUCACCGACCACAGUAGUUGUCACGACUCUACUACUGGUCGUGUACGAGCUGCUCCAGGGUGAACCAAGGACGGCCGAAAUGCUCCUCAACUCAUGCCUAGGGGCACUGAGGGACUCGAUCACAAUGUUUGAAAGCGAUCCCGAUAGUGAGGAGAAGUAUCGUGACUCCGAAUUCAACGACAUGGAGCAUGUGCUCCCGUGCAUAGCGGCCAUGAGCCAGCUCUCACAAUCGCUUCAGCCUCGCCGCCAUCACGCGCACCCUUUCAAGAUUGAUCCCGGAUCUGACGUCCAUAAUCCUCAGCAUGAACCAAUCUCGAAAUUCUUCAUUUCGUGGGGCAGGUUCUUCACUUUCGCCGUCAGCUUCAUCAGCAACUCUACCGAUGUCACUGCUGAGGGCAUUUCCAUGGACAUGCUCCGUCACCUCACCAUCCACCAGCAAAACUUCCUUUCACAACUACAACAAUGGAGAUCCGUCAUCCAAUACUAUGCCGAGAGUCCGACAGUAGAUAUCGCGACCAAGAAGGGCCUGAGAAUCGCUCAAAUUCACUGGCUCCUUCUCCACAUCACACUCACUUGCUGCUUAGACCCAACCGAAGUGGCCUACGAUGCAUUCGAAAACGAAUUCAGAGAUCUGACGAUGCUUUGCGUUGAAUUAUAUCGUGACUGCGUGUCACAGCCCCGCCCGACGUCUGUGUUGCUGGGGCAGGGCCUCAUUUUACCACUGUGCACUGUUGUGCGCGCCUGCAGAAAUCACGACAUCCGCAUGACGGCAUUGCAGGCACUGCAUGAGAUACCCCCGUCGAUGGUCGCUUGGGAUGUGGUGUCAAACAUGGACGGGAUCCUGGGAGCCUUGCUGCUUGAGGAGACUGGCCGUGACGCGAAAGGAUUCGUUCCCCCGGAAUCGAGAUGGUUUUGGUUAAAGGAUGUGACUGUGCCAGAAACGCAGAGGAUCCAUAAGGUCUACCAGAGGCUAGCACCGGGGCAAGAUGGCAAGCCUGUUCUGACGAAGUUGCGACCGACAUCUAAUGUACGAUCAAAGAUCUGUAAGGCGAGCGGAUGUGAGAAAUACCACUUGCGAAACGUGCCUUUUGAGAAACUUGUCGAGGCUUUCGGACCGGAUUCUCUAGGGAUUCUGGUUGUCAAGAAUGUUCCACCAGAGUUUCCCGAGCUGAGACGUCAAGCACUUUCAUAUGCCUCGUAUCUUGGAAACUUGCCGAAAGCCGAGCUUGACAAGGUCGAGAACCCCGCUGCCAAGUAUCUGACAGGCUGGUCGCUGGGAAAGGAACAACUCAAAGACGGACAAGUAGACACUUUCAAAGGCUCUUUUUACGCCAACUGCGCCUUCUACACGGAUCCAACAUUAGAUGCCGCGAGGCCAACACCUGACUUCUCGGCCGAGAAUUUCCCGGAAUAUCUGUCACCAAACAUAUGGCCCGAAGAACAGGUUCUCCCAGGAUUCAAACGCAGCUUAGAGGACCUGUGCAGGCUAUUGAUUGACACAGCUGUUCUUGUUGCACGUGCGUGCGAUCAAUAUGCUGAGCGGGAAAUCGAGGGGUACACGAAGGGCUACGUCGAGCACGUUGUCAGCACGAGCAACACCACUAAGGCCAGAUUGCUGCACUAUUACCCUCAAUCUCAGGAGGGCUCGAGUGAUAAUGAGGACGACUGGUGCGGCGUGCACCUCGAUCACUCGGUUCUGACAGCCUUGACAUCCGCAAUGUUCGUCGAUGAGCACAAGACGCCGUCGGAUUCAGUUUCACACGCGAAAGACACCGCAGGACUAUCUGCGCUCGAGGAAAUGGCAGGAAGCCCUGAUCCUCUGGCUGGACUUUACAUCAAGUCUAGGACAGGGGACACUGUGCAGGUGAAGAUUCCUAGAGAUUGCAUUGCUUUCCAGACUGGCGAGGCACUCGAACGGAUCACAAAGGGCAAGUUCAAGGCAGUGCCGCACUUUGUGAGAGGCGUGAGACCUUCUAUGAGUAAUGGACGGGUUGCGAGGAACACUCUGGCGGUGUUUACUCAGCCGAAUCUCGGCGAGGAGGUUGAUUCAGAGCAGCAUAUCACAUUCGGAGAAUUUGCCAGGGGCGUUGUGAGCAAGAAUACUGUUGAGGCUUGA